AUGGAUACCAUCUUGGUUUUCAGCCUAAUCAUUACAUCCUAUGAUGUCAGCAAGAAAGAACUCAGAGAUAGCAACUGUCAUGCGAAACAGCUGCCUGAGCUUUUCCCAAAGGAUGUGAGAGGAAUCAGGGAUGUGCUAGUGCAAGAGGAUCAAACAGAAGGCAAAAGGUCUACAUUCAUUCAAAAUCAGGCUGUGGCUACCCUGCAGUGCCUUGGCUCUGGGAGCAAAGUGAAAGUCAACCUUGUAUAUUCAGAGAAAAGGUCAAAGGUCAAGCAUACUCUGAAGAACUUGAGAGUCAUUGCUGCUCCCCACAGAAAUGGCACUGCCUCUCCAAACUGUCACCUAACCCCCACAUCCAAGUUUCACACUGGAUCCUUUCUAACAGGCAAAGAGUCAAUGUCAGGGAGCCAGACAGCUAUGCCAAUGCCAGAAGUUGUGCAGAAGGUAAAAGAAGGAAGGACAGAAACCUGGGGCAGAUGAAUCUCAGCUUGACUCUCAGCCCAAGAAGGAAAGUGGUCUCUGUAUGGUUUAUGUCAUUUGCUUGGAGAAAAUGAGGUUGAACAAGAUACUCCCAACUCGUCAAGCCCAAACAAAGCUGCAGGAAUCACUGUCAUUCAUUAGACAUACUUCUGAA